CUACUAUAGAGCGCAGUUUUACGAUUGGUUCGCUACCUUGUUAGGAGUAUCACACUUGAUACUACUAUGUAGAAUACUUUUCAUCACAUUAGAUUGUAAAGGGUUAGGAAAUUGUUAUCAAAGGAGUCUGGAGAAUGCGAAGUCUUAGGAUAUUUAGAAUACUAUAAUGCUGAUGGAAUGUUUGGAACCGAUUUUGCGCCCUGCAGAUUAUAUAGGUUCGUUCCUUGUUUCUGGUAAAGAUCAUCACGAAAGAGCUGAAAUAGUGCGUCAAAAGUUGGAAGCGGCUCGCAAAUAUACCCACAGUAAACCAAUUAUCUUGCUGAUAUCUUUAAGUGGAGUUAAAGUUUGUCAUGAAAAUAAGGAGGUGAGGUUUAUGGCGAAUUUCAAUGUGUAUCUUGUUUUCGAUGUAACUAGUGUAAAAGAAUGUAAUUUCUUAACUUUGUUUGACAUCUCGUAAUUUCAUUCAAUGUUUUUUCCUAUGCUUUUGGAAGCGCGUUUAUAUGGCUCAUGCACUUCGACGAAUUUCGUAUGCUACCUGUGACCCAGAAAAUCUUCAGUUUGCCUUCCUUGCCAGGGAACCAAAAGCACAACCGAAUGUCCAAUAUUGUCAUGCAUUCGUCACUAUAACACCUGAAGCAGCCGAGGAACUGAAUACCAUAAUGGGAGAGGUUUUUCGCUUAGCGUAUGCCCAGCAACGUCUUCAUACAGUAUCUAACAAUCCUGUUUUGUUUCAUCAGUUUGGUAAGCAUAUACCAGUUUGUCAGGUUCAGAAAGCUCCCAUAACUGUCACAUGUUCUGUUUCUGCUAACCAGGAUAACUCAGUGAGCACAAAAUCUUCAAGUCAAGCUGUCUACGCUGUCAACGUAAAUCCGACCAGUCAAAUAUCCAUGCCUAGCAAACUUCUUCCGCCUUUACCAGAAGCUGAUCAUUGUGCAGCAACUAACCAGACACCUGUUUCUGUCCAGUUUGAAGUGAACAAUAUUCCAUCAAGUGAAGUUUGUGCUGUCGGUGAUAGACAGAGAGGAAGUAAACCUCAUAAACAUAAACAUCACAAGCAUCAUCAUCGUCAUAAAUUACGAGAUGCAACAACAAGUACGUGUGAACAACUUUUAGGUUCGAGCGACUCUGUUGACCCUACUAUUAAAGUUAAUGAAUCGGAAGGACUCAUAAUGAAGAGUGAACAGAUAAAGCCACCUCCCCCACCACCGCGUUCUCAUUCAUCAGUAACUUCAUCUACGCAGCUGUCAACUAAGAAUAUCACAUCUACCCCAGCUGCAAAUCAACAAAGCCCAAUUUUAAAGCAUCAUGAAAAAUUACACGGAAUGGAAGUAAAUAAAAUCCCACAUGAAAUGACUGAAGAUCCUACUGAGGUUUUACCGUUAAGACCUAAAUCUACGACAUCUGCACUGGCACAACACUUCUAUGAUAUGGCUGAUCAUCGCAGCUGUGGUGGUAUCGCUCCUGACAAAGAAACUCCUAUUCCAGAAAAAGAUAUGCAAGAAAGUAACGCUGAAUUUAUCAAUGAUAGUGCUCCAGCCAAUACGUCUACAGCAACAACGACGUCAUCAUCAACUACUGGGUGCUCAACCGCUACAUCUGGCUCUGGUCAUCCUGACUCCAGUUCUGAUAAUAGUUUACCGAUUAGCAAACGUUGUACAUGUACUCCAGGUUGCACCAGUGGUGAACAUACGUGCUCAAUAUUUGAUAAUAAUCCGCAUCCUGGAGAUUCGAAUCAGUUGCUGAAACCCACUGAACAGCACCUUCCCGUUCCUCCCACAUCUCCGUGCUCCACUCCAAACGUCCCUACACAAAAUGUUCCAGAUGAUAUCAAUGAGUUGUCGCAUGCUCCUUGGUAUCUUCCAGAUUUACCACGUGAAAAGGCUUUGGAAAUGCUUGCCAAACAACCUCCUGGAAGUUUUGUUGUCCGAGAUAGCGGAAGUCAUCCAAAUAGCUUUGCGUUAUCAGUACGUUCUAGUAAUGGACAAGUAGCUGGUGGCUGUUUCCAUUCUAGACAACCACAUAUACCAGGAAAUCGAAUCAAAGAUACAGCCUCCCAGUUGACAUCAGUUUAUCCAUCUUCUACAAGUGGAAUAACUCACUUUCUUAUCCAGAAGACAUCUGGAGGUGGUGUGAAACUCAAAGGAUUAGAUAAAGAAUGGCCAUCGCUUGCUUGUCUUGUUUUACACUUAACUGUAAUGCCUGAAAUGCUCCCUUGCCCACUUCGACUUCCAAGAGCUGCAGCAAAUCCCACCUUCUCGCCUACUGACCAUUGUGUUGGUCAUAAUGACUUUGAGAAACCGCCUAAUGUUACCCCGUCACAAUUUCGUCCGAUGUGCAAUGCCUUACAACGUGUAACAGAUACAAUUUCACUAGAUGAAGCUUUAGCUCGUCUAACAGAUGAAGACGAAGAUUAUCAACGUUUAUCUGAUUUCUCUUCCAUUAUGGCUGAUUUAAAAUUACAGCCUAGAAAUGUGAAUAAAAAACAUAAAGUUUCAUCUAAAUCCGGUGGCCGUGGUAGAUAAAUACUUUUUUUUGUUAUUGUUAUGAUGCGAAAUCUUAUUAUAAGUUGUAUUAGUACUAUCACUUUACUACCUAUCAAUGUUUUGUGAGAUAAUUGUCUUACUUCUUUUUUUUUCUUACCUUUGUAAAGUUUCUGUAUUUGUGUGUGCGCGUGUGUAUGUGAGAAAGAGUUUUUAUCGUAUAUAUUAUUUUCUCUAUUGCAAUACAAACUACCUCUUCAAAUAAAACUAAAUACCCAAUGUGUGUCUGGAAAAGGAAAACAACAUUUCUAGUCCAAUUUCUAUUAAAUUAGUUUAUUAUUUUUUCUCUCUUAAUUAUCCAUUUUGCUUGCUUUAAACACAUAAUGAUAUGUAAUGCGUACGCUAAGUUAUAUUAUAAUAUACGUAUUACAUUUACAUUAUUUUAUUGUUAAUUAAGUAAUACUAGUUAGUAUUAAUUGAAUUAUAAUCAUAACUUGAUUUCAUCAUUCUUUUUAUCGUUGUCCAUUGUUAUAGGUAUAUGAUAUUUUUUUUUAAAAAUUCAAUAUUAUUGUCAUUAAUUUUUGUUCUAUUCACUUUUUAAUUGUUUAAUUAUAAUUUAUUAUGUAUAUUCUUUCUAUUUCUCUAAUAAUUUUCACCCAUUUUAAUAAGAAAAUUAUUAUUACUGGAAUAGCAUGAAUGAUAACAUGUUGUAAAGUCACUGUUAUGUGCUGCUGCCCAGCCAGUUUGUUAGAGGUCUUAUUAAUAAUAAUAAUAAUAAUAAUAAUAUUUUGGUAUAUUGAUUUCUGGGUUUUUUUGACAAACCGGUAUAAUUCAUUCAUUCUCACUGAAAUGUACUAUUUAACAAUUCCUCCCUUUUUUUCUUCAUUUGCUUCAUCCUGUUAUUUUUGAUCUUAAUCUUACCUCUUUUUUUUUUCUUAGAAAUAAGGGAAUUAACGCAAAAUACUACCUGGUGUUAAAGCAUUUAACUGUUAUAUUUUCAUCAUUUGCAAUUUUAUAUAUAUAUAUGCGUAUAUCAUGUCAAGGGUAUUCAUUUUAAUUGUCUUUUUACCAUUGGAAAUAAAGUGUACUUUUAUUGUAUUUAAAUUUUUGCUUUCUGUUUUCUCUUUUUCAAUAUAUAUUUAAGUAAGAUGAUUGGAUUCGGUGUUUUUUCUUCAUAAGUAUAAAAGGUUGUAAAUAUCUUUCUGGAUUAAUUAGUACAUACUACAAGUGUACCAUUACUGUCUUUAAGUUUACUUUCUAUUGAGAUAUGUUUAUUUACAAUUUAUUUCUCAAUUGUUCAUGUCCUAAUGUCGACUAAGUAUCGUGUUUAUAUUUUGAAACAUUGAUACAAAUAACUUAUGAAGGCUAAGCAUUUUCACCUUAUAAUUUAUUUAUUUGGACACAUAAAAGUUAGUACAAAGGGGCACUAAAUACAUAUGCGCCACACGAUAAUAAUAAGGUUGUGAAGAACUAGAGAAUGGAGGGUUAGUAUUAUAAAGGAAAAGCAACAACGAACAGAAAUUGGUGAAUGAGAGUGAAAUAAUAAUAGUAAUAGUAACUAUACUAGUGAUAGUAAUAAUGAUAAUAAUGUGAUGAACAAUUCAUUUAGAGAAAAAAAUAUAAGGAAGAAUUUCAGUCAAAGAAAUCACGUUUACUUUUAUGAAGAAAGUAGAGUCACAGCAGGAUCGCCACUGGCUUCUACUUUGAGCCGUUUUUGAUAACAUCUGAAGCCACUGUGUUUCACUGUCUCCAGGACCCCAACCAGGGAGU